AUUUCAUUUAUUCAAACCAAAAUUUCACAUCGCAAAAAAAUAAAAAAAACUCACUCUUCUUCCAACCAAACAAACACACUCUCUCUCUCUCCCCCUCAAAUUAAAAAAAAAAAACCCUAACUUACAGUUCUCAUAAAUUUCAAAAUCUUGCUGUUAAAAUUCUUACUCUGCAAUCUCCCAAAUGAUGUGAAAAAGAUUGACUGUAGAGAGCGAACGAAAUAAAGUUUGUGUGAUUUGUCCGAAGGAUCUGUUGUUUUAUUUUUCUUUUCAUUUUUUGAAAUUUUGUUUACAGUUUUGAAGUUGAUAUUAGAACAAUGGCGAUGACUGAUAAAGAGCUGGAGCAGCAGCUAUUGGAAGCUGGAAAUAAGCUUACGGAUCCUCCUCCUUCUGUUGACGACCUUCUUCCUCUUCUCAACCAAGUUGAGAAUUGUCUAUCAAAAGUGGAGCAGUCCCCUACACCAUCAAUGCAAAGUGCACUUGCCCCAUCGCAGAACGCGUUGGUUGCGGAUCAGCUUUUUAAACAUUCAGAUACCGAUGUGAAAGUAGCAGUUGCAUCUUGUAUUAGUGAAAUAACCAGGAUAACUGCACCCGAUGCUCCUUAUGAUGAUGAUCAGAUGAAGGAUGUUUUUCAGCUGAUUGUAUCAUCAUUUGAAAAUCUAGCUGACAAGUCUAGUCGAUCUUAUGGUAAAAGGACGUCAAUUCUGGAGACUGUUGCAAAAGUUAGGUCAUGUGUGGUGAUGUUGGAUCUUGAAUGUGAGGCUCUGAUAGUUGAGAUGUUCCAGCAUUUCCUUGAUGCUAUAAGGGAUUAUCACCCAGAGAAUGUCUUUUCAUCUAUGGAGACAAUUAUGACCCUUGUCUUGGAAGAAAGUGAAGAAAUCUCCCAUGAACUUCUCUUUCCACUUUUAGCUAGCACAAAAAAAGACAAUGAGAAAGUUCUACCUGUUGCUCGUAAGUUGGGAGACAAAGUACUUGAAAGUUGUGCUGCCAAGGUUAAACCUUACUUGCAAAAUGCUGUGAGAUCAUUGAAUAUUACUUUAGAUGAUUACAGUGACAUAGUUGGAUCCAUAUGCCAAGAGACGUCUGGUACUGAUGAACAAACCGAUCUUGCUGCAAAUGAAAAUAAAGCUGAAGAGAGCAAGCCAGCAGGAGCAUCAUCUAAUCACGCUGCCCAGGCUGAUAUAGAGAUAGCUGCAGUAGCAGAUGCAGAUGCAGAUGCUGAUGCUGAUUCUCCUAAACAAGCUGAUACUAAGAAUGAAAAAUCUCCUAAGUCAGUUGUUAGCAAUGGCGUUGCCCAGGUUGUCGAGGAUGACUCCUUGGCAGAUUCAUGUUCCAUAAAACAGCAGGAUGAUGGUAAUCAUGCCAAUCAGCCGAAAAGCGAAGACACAUCAAGCAAUGCCGAGCCUGAUAUUUCAGAUGUUGAGAAGGUAGUUGAUGAGGAAAGCAAGCGAGAACAGGCUUCAAAAAAGAGGGAGAAGGAAGAUGAUUCAGCAGCGAAGUUGACAAAACCUUCUGAGAGUUCUCAUAUUGAUGGUGGGAAUGAAGCUAAACAAUUACUGGAUGUUGAAACUCCCAGCAAAGAUGUUCCUAGCUCACCUCAUGGGGAACCUUCAAUUGACACAGCUGCUUCGUCGGAUAAUAAGAAAGAGGCUGAUGGUGGCCGGCCUUCUUCUCCCAAGGCCCAAGAGGGUGAGUCAAAGCCAGUUUCUUCUCCAUCCCAAAGUGGCAACCUUCCUGAUAUAAGUCUUCCCAAAAAGGGUGGACGAUCAAAGAGGAAAGGUAGUAAGAUCAAAGAAAUUAAAUCAUCUACUGGCGAUGUUCCCAAAAAGGAAUCUGAAGUGCCAACUGACUCCGAAACAAAACCAUACAAAAAAUCUGCUGGAAAGGCAUCUGGCAAGAAAUCCAAUGAGGAAAAGGUUUCAAUAGAGACAGAUGCGUUGAAAAAUGAAAGUGAUGCUACAAAUGAAUCAAAGGAAAAAUCAUUGAAGCAGUUAUCCAAAAAGGCUGUUUCAAGUAGAAAGAAGGGUGGUGGAUCCUCACCAAUAGAGACAGAUGUUUUGAAACAUGACAGUGAUGCUACAAAUGAAUCAGAGGGAAAACUAUUGAAGCUGUCAUCUAAAAAGGCUGAGCCAAGCAGAAAGAAGGGUGGUGAAUCCUCACCAAUAGAGACAGAUGCAUUGAAAAAUGACAGUGAUGCCACAGAUGACUCAGAUGAAAAACCAUUGAAGCAGUCAUCUAAAAGGGUGGACUCAAGCAAAAAGAAGGGUGGUGGAUCCUCACCAAUAGAGACAGAUUCAUUGAAAAAUGACAGUGAUGCUACAGACGACUCAGAUGAAAAACCAUUGAAGCUGUCAUCUAGAAAGGCGGAUGCAAGCAGAAAGAAUGGUGGUGGAUCCUCAUCAAAAGUGUCCGAGUUUAAGAAACAGCGAAGUCGUGGAAAAUCUAUGUCAGGAAAGAAUAUUGUGAAGAGCACAACUAAAGUUGAUGAUAAGAUACCUUCACCAAAAUCAGCUGCAAAAUCAGCUCAAGACGCGCAUCAAUUGGAAGAGACUCCCAAGAACAACAUCAAGAGGAAGCAUACUUCAGGCAGUGAGAAGGCAUCUGCGGUGAAAGACGAUGAUGCUAAGCUUGUUGGUUCAAGAAUCAAAGUUUGGUGGCCAAAAGAUCGCACAUUCUAUAAAGGUUACAUUGGUAAUUAUGAUCCUGCUAAAAAGAGGCAUGAGGUUUGCUAUGAUGAUGGAGAAAAAGAAGUAUUAAAUCUCAAAAGACAAAAGUGGGAACUUACGUCAGAUGAGGAGGAAGAAGAAGAAGUAGAAGAAGCUGAUCCCCAAAGUCCAGAGAUUCAUUCUGAUAGGCCUCUGAAAAAGAAAGCUAAAACCAAUACUGAUCAGUCUUCUAAGCAAGUAAAACUGGAUGCUUCUCCUUUGAGGGUUGGAGGCGGCUCCUCGAGCAAAUCCAGAAGCGCAGCAACAAAAUCUGGAAAGAAAUCAAAGGAGGCCACUAAAACAGACAGCAAAUCUGUGGAUGGCUCAAAAGCGAUUGAAACAGCUAAUGAUGAUGACAGUGCUGGAAAAACUAAAGAUAAUUCUAAUAAAGGUGGAACUAAGUCUGCCAAUCUGAGUUCAAAAGCAUCCAGCAAAUCAAAACCUGAUGAUGUCAGUACAUCUAAACCCGGAAAGUCGAAAGAGGACGGGUCCAAAACACCCACAACAGCCUCAAAGUUGAAGCAAGAAGCAGUGAAGACUGGUAAAUCCAAACAAGACACCCCAAAGACUCCCAUUGCAAAGGGUAAAUCUCCAAAGAGUGUUAAUGGUACUGGGAAGUUGAAAUCCGACUCAUCCAAGGUUAAAGAAACUGAAGAGGAUGAUAACUCAACAGAUUCAGAGGAACUGCAAGAAACUAGGAAGGGGGGCAAGUCUUCGGGCUCAACCAAAAGAAGCAGAAGUGAUACGAAGAGUGGAAAAAAGCGACAAAAAGUUUAAAGCUAAAUGGCCUUGAUUGCAUCAAAGCCGUUGUCUAGUCCCGAUUGUGUUUAGGAUUCUUGCAGCUUUUUUUGAUGUCCAAGCACCACAGUACGCCAUUGUUAGGGUUAGCUAUGUCCCAGGCAGUGGCCGCUUGGUUAUAUCAGAAACAGUUAAAAAGUAGUUGAUAGGGGUGGUUAGAGUUAGAUUUGUUUCUAAUUAUUGUUUUUAGAUGGAAUUUAUGUUAUGUGGGAGUGGCAGUAGAAUACAUUGGGUUGGCUAGCUUUGUUAAAUACAUGUUUCUUUAGGCUCUAGGUAUUUUGUCCUAA